GAAACUCUCCUUAUCCGGCACCCGGGCGCCACCUCCUACUUUGCAUUUACUGGAAACCCCGCUCUCCGCCCACCGGGCCGCCCUGUUGCCUUAAGCCCAGCUCGCCUACAUUUCUUGUUUAUCUCACUUCGCUGUUGUCAGAGCUUCACUGGACAUAAACUACAGUUGUUGUACAAUUUCACCAUGGCUCAGGUCAACACCUGCCUCAAACGGAUUUUCACCAUCUUCAACUUGUUCUUUGCGAUUGUCGGCGGUGUCAUUAUCCUGCUCGCCCUGCUGUCUCAGUUCUUCACCAGUGCUAAUGGAGGAGAAAAUCUAGAGGGUCGCACCAGCGGCCUCAUUGUCCUCUACGUCGCAGGCAUCGUGACGCUCGUGAUCAGCAUCCUAGGAGCCUAUGGGGCCCACAAGGAGAGCAGAGUGUGCCUGAUUGUGUUCCUGGUGUGCAUGGUGAUUGGAUGUCUGCUGAUGCUCAGAGUUGGAGUCCCCAUUGCCUUCGCCCGCCCUGAGCUGAAAGGCUGGAUGGAGGAGAAGUUGCGCUCAGUCUUGCCCCUGGACAAAGCUUCAGAUAAUGUGAAGAACACAGCUGAUGGGUUGCAGGCAGGGCUGCACUGCUGUGGUCUGUUCAGCUACCAAGACUGGGAGGACAACAUCCCCGACUCACGUCUGUGCAGUUCACAAGAGGAGGAGGAGAUGUGUCAGGCAGUCGGCUACAGAAUGCUGCUGAGAGAGACCAGGGUCUACAGCAGGCCCUGCUUCCCCAUCAUCAUGCACUACAUCCUGCUUGUCGUAGAUGUCAUGUUGGGCAUCUUCUUCACUAUGGCUGCGCUGGCGCUGCUGGGCAUGAUCCUGUCCUCCAUCAUGAUCCACCAGAUGAAUUCCGGCAGCAGACCCACCAUGAUGCUGACCGUGCCCACCAUCUUCUCCACGCCUCCACCAAAAUACCAGGAGCUGCACAACCCACCACCAUACUGAUAGCUCACUGCACAGUUUCAGGAGGUCCUGGUGUUUACGUUGUUUCUUUGUUUAUCUUGAAUCUAAGGUUAUAUAAUUAGAGAACUGCAAGUCCAAAGUGCCUUAAAUCAGUGUGGAAACUGAGCUGCUUAAAAUGUGAAACAUUGAUACCGUUUUAAAGUUUGAUCACUUAUCUUUCUUCAGGUUGUUAUUAGA